GAUAAUUUAUUUUCUCAUCAUUCUAAGAAGAAAUAUUCAAGUGGGAUGUAAGUCGAUGUAAUUUUAUAAGCUGAUCUAUUUUUAUGUAUCGUUUUGAAGUUGUUUGAUUGUGAUUGUCAUUUUUUUAAAAAACGUAAUAAUGAUUUUGUCGGUCAAAAAAUCGGUUAUACUAUUUCCGUUCAUUUGUUUGAUUUUUAUUCAACAUCCAUCAAAUGCUACUCCUGUAACGCUUUCGAAACAAAACAAUGGGACCCAAUUGAGUGCAGAUGCAGAAUUUCACACCAUAAGAUAUAAUUUGAGUCUGAAUGUUCGUAGUUUUCUGAGAUGGGGAAAUUGUUAUAUUGAAACCAUUCCGAAGAACUUGUCUCCUACUACCAAAAAUGAAACAGGCAAAUUGAUAGUUGAGUUCUGUAAGGGGGAGUAUCUUACGGACGGCAAAGUUUCAUUUAAAUUGGUUGAUGACGGUAAAUCUGGAAGAGCAAUCGCGAAAAUCGAAGCUACAAUUCUUGAUGAUUUUGGAAGAGAGGUGCGAUCAAGGAAAGAAUUGCACGAGCUUGGUGCUGGGAAAGACGCAAUCGUAUGGUAUUAUUUCCUCAAAGAAACCGACGUUACCGAAAAUCCGCACAUAAAGAAAAAUACAGUCACUAUUUCUUUCGAAAUAUCCUACUAUUAUUUACGAUGCAGCAAUUUGACAGAUCAACAAAACAUAACCUCACCAGAGCCCAACACCACGAAAUGUCUUGUAACCGAUAACUUUAGCUCAUUACUGGGAAAUGAAGAUUUCGCAGACGUCAUGCUACUAGCGAAAGGCAAAAAUUAUUCGGCUCAUAAAGCUGUUUUGGCUGCACGCAGUGAAGUUUUUGCAACAACGUUUAAAAACAUUGAACAAGAUGAUAAAAAACAUAGAAAAAUUCGUAUCGAUAUUAGUGACAAAGAUGUGGACGUUAUGGAUGAAGUGUUGCGAUACAUUUACACUGGAAAAUGCCAAACUUCAGCGAAUCUAGCAGAGCGACUUUACGCAGCAGCAGAUGCAUAUAAGCUAAAUGAGCUGAAAACUAUUGCUUUGAAAUCGAUGGUUGAAACAUUAUCUGUUAAAAGUGCAGUUAAUGUGUUAGUAUUUGCGGAUAAGCAUCACAUGAAGGAGUUGAAAUCAGAAGUGAUUGACUUCAUUGUUGAAAACAGUGUUCAAGUGUUGAAUACUACCGAAUGGAAGAGUAUGGUAAUGCCAAAUGCUCACUUGGCUAACGAAAUAUUUCAAGUUUUUUCGCAACGAUUGUGUAAAGCCCUACCAUGCGAAUCAUUUUUAAAAUUGGUUUUAGCAGAGAAAUUAAAGUAAGUCCCCACCUCGUAAAUUGGUAGGUAUAAUUCUAAUCAAAACUGUAAAAUGUGAAUCAAGUUAUGAAAUCAAAGAAUUGGUUUUUACUUUUUUUUAUAAUUACAUAUCGCAUCAAGUAUUCACUUCUUCAGAAUAAGCUUUAGAACCACCCAAGUAUGUAUUUGGAAAAACAGAAUUAAAAUUAUUUAAAAUGAUUAGUUACAUUUUAAACUUGAUUACCUCCUUUGAACUAAAAAUAGAACCAAUAGGAACAAAAUCAACAAAUCACAAUAAAAUGUACCUAUGUAUUUUUGAUUGUUAGAAUAACAUAAAAAACCUGGAAAAUGGGAAAUCUUCGGUUUUUGGCAAAAAAUAUUUCCACUGAUUUCACUAAAAUUCUGGUAACCCCUACGCUUAUACACAAUUUGAGCUACCAAAACGUACAUCGAUAAAAAGAAAUUCUUCCUCUUUUUCCUGCAAGUAGUACUCGUAUUACUCCAUCGAAUAUGAAAAGUAAAAAAAAUUCAUAUCGGUUUGUUACGUAGAGAUAUUUCAACUUCGACACAAUCUCGCAUAAAAAAAUUUACGACAAUAGUAAAAAAAAAAAUGCGCCCCUUUUCAAAUUUUACCUCUAUAGCCAAGGCUGAGCUGACACUUACGAUUAACUUUCUAAUAAAUUCAAAACGACUGUCAA